CAGAGGAUCCGCAGCAUCUUCAGCUCCCCCUUUCCCUCCUCCCCUCUCUGCUUACAGUAGCCCAGAAGAUUUCUAAACCUUUCCCUGCCCGGGACUGUAGUGACGGGGGCUCCUGACAUGAAGCUGCUCCUGAGCAUCCUGCCGUCCCUCUUCUAUGCUGCUACAAAGCCGGACCCGCUUCGCUCGUGGCCAGACGGGCGCGUGUGUCCCCUGGGACAGUUCCCCUGCGGCAACCUCUCCAUCUGCUUACCCCAGGCCCUGCACUGCAACGGGGUGGAGGACUGCGACAACGGCGCGGACGAAGAAAACUGCGGCCUCCAGCUGAGAGGCGCCGGGGCCGGGGGCCCUGGGCACACGGACCUGAAGAAAAAUAAAAUUUGUUCUCUGCUGGACAAUCAGUUUGCUACGUUCAAGAGCCUGGAGAAACUCUUUUUGCAAAACAACAAGAUCCGGUCAAUCUCCCCCAAGGCCUUUGCUGGACUCUUUCAGCUUAAAAUGUUGUUCCUCAGCCACAACAAGAUCACCCAGCUGAAGCCCAGGCUUUUUGAGGACCUCCACCGCCUCGAGUGGCUAGACCUGUCGGCCAACAGCCUGGGCGAGCUGCCACCAUCUCUCUUCCAGGGCCUGGUGGGCCUCCAGCAGCUGAAUAUUUCCUACAACCCCUUGAAACAGAUCUUCCCAGGCCAGUUUGAAAGCCUGCCCCAGCUGCGGUCCCUGAGCUUGGAAGGGCUGGAGAUCCCCAACAUCCGCAACGUGACCUUGCAGAAGCUCACCAACCUCUCCCACAUCUACUUCAAGAAGUUUCAGUACUGCAGCUACGCGCCCCACGUGCGCAGUUGCAAGCCCAACACGGACGGCAUCUCCUCCUUUGAGAACCUCCUCGCCAACAUCAUCCUGCGGGUCUUCGUCUGGGUUAUCGCCUGCAUAACCUGUUUUGGGAACCUCUUUGUCAUCUGCAUGCGGUCCUUCAUUGUCACAGAGAACAGCGAGCACACCAUGGCCAUCAAGUCCCUGUGCUGUGCAGACUGCCUCAUGGGCAUCUACCUCUUUGUCAUUGGCGCCUUUGACCUCAAAUACUCAGGCGAAUACAACAAGCACGCCCAGGUGUGGAUGGCCAGCCUCCAGUGCCAGCUCGUGGGCAGCCUGGCCAUGCUGUCCUCCGAGGUGUCAGUCUUGCUGCUCACAUAUGUGACCCUGGAGAAAUACUUCUCCAUUGUUUUCCCAUUCAGCCACUACAGAGCUGGCAAGAAACAGACCAUCUCUAUGCUGGUAAUCAUCUGGCUUCUGGGCUUAUCUCUCAGCAUCGUCCCCUUGUGGUGCAAGGACUCCUUUGGCAACUACUAUGGGAGGAAUGGGGUGUGUUUCCCAUUGCAGUCCGACGUGAGUGAGAGGCCCAGCGCCAGGGGCUACUCCACUGGGAUCUACCUGGGCUUGAAUCUCGUGGCGUUCAUCACCAUAGUCUUUGCCUACACUAGCAUGUUCUACUCCAUCCACAUCACUGCAUCCAAAACAGCGGAAAGAAGCGUCUACUCCCGGGAAGUUGCCAUCGCAAAGCGGUUCUUCUUCAUUGUCUUCACUGAUGCUCUCUGCUGGAUACCCAUAUUCCUCCUCAAGUUGCUUUCCCUGCUCCAGGUGGAAAUACCAGGUACCAUCACCUCUUGGGUGGUCAUUUUCAUCCUGCCAAUCAACAGUGCCCUGAAUCCCAUCCUCUACACCAUCACCACUACCUCCUUCCAGGAAAAGGUCAAGGGGUGUUUGCAGACAAAGCAGUUGGAGCUGCAGGAGUCCCGGAAGAGCUUUACUCUGGUGACAACACAGGCCAGCAGUGCCUGACAGUACCCAGCAGCAAGUCAGCAGCAUGAGGAUGUACAAGUCUCUCCAGACCACAGCUGUCUUGCUGCAGGGGCACACUGGCUGGCUUUACCUAUCACCACUACCUUGGAUAACAACAGCAUCUCUCCUUCAGCAUCUUAUCUUCAUCUCAGACACCCCUUUACCGGGUGGGAGGCAUUGAGCCGAGGUACAGCAACAAUGACUCACAAGGUAGUUCUUCAAGGUGUGUAGAUGAGAGCAGUCUCCCUUUCCCUCUUGCAUGUCUUCUGCAGCUCUUGGUGUCUUUAAUCUAGCAGCCCGGUGCAGGGACAGCUGCUGCAAUGGUCUUGGGAAGAACUGGCAGCCCCUUCAAGGGGAAGGAUUGUUGCAAGGGGUUGGGAGCUUCAGGCGAGCAGUCCUUAUUAUCGGGAAGUCUGGCUGCUAGGAACGAAUUGAAGGUUUUCCUCUCGCCUUGCCAAGGAGGAGGCAAAAACCUGGAAAAGGUUAGCAGUUGCCUGCCUCCCUGCUGAGAGCUACAGCCAAAGACAAAGCCACGUGGAGCCACAGGUAAGGCCAUGCUUGAGCUUCUUGAGUCCCUCUGCUCGGUGGUUGCUGUUGUGCAUACUGCUGAGCUGGGCAGCAAGCGAGAGGAGAGCCCAGCCCUGCCUCCAUCCUGCAUGCAGACUGGUAGAAUAACAUGAGUGAGGCAGACCUUGCGUACCUGCAGAAGUUGCUGCUGGCUCCAGGGACAGGGGCAUAUGUGUAUGCCUACUGCUGGGCAGCACCAGGCAAGCAUCCCUCUUGCCUUCCGCCUCUGCUGCCUGGACCCUUCUGGAAGGCUCAUCUCCUGUUCUGCCUUAUGCUUUAUACUUGCUGUCAAAUUACUUUGCUGGGCUCAUUCUGCGACACCAGAGACAUGUGGCCAGAUGGCUUCAGAAAACAAUCCCAGAGCACCACAAAAGUACAUUACUCAGUUCUGUAACACUUCUGUGUUGGAAGGAAUCAGACAGUGGCAGUCACUAGCCAUGAAGGUUGCCUCAUCAGCCAGCAGAUAGCGUUAGUACUUUAUUAAUUACACGGAUGGGAAGAGCAGCCCCCCCAGUCCAAGUCAAACAAUCUGUUGCAGUUGCAUAUGAUACAAAACAAAAAAAACCCUUAAAUACAAAAUACAUGUUUUUUUUUUUUUAAGU